CGUUGGUUUUCCCAGGGCUUGCUGGGAUCGGGGAAAAUUCAAUCAUGGCCACCCGUGUGGAGGAGGGUAGCUCCUCAUCAGAGCUGGAUAUUGCCUUCCGUUUGCUGGUGGACAACAUCGGGUUAAACUGGCGAACACUCGCUCCAGAACUGGGCCUCACGCCAGGCCAGAUUGGCUGGGUGACGAGGCAGUGUGGAGGGAAUGUGAUGAAGGAAGUGUUCCAGUGUUUGUGCACCUGGAAGGAGACCUUCACUGAACAGGCUACAGUACAGCAGCUGGUCAGGGCACUGCAUAAACCCAAAGUCAGGCUGCUGUCUCGGAUGGCAGAUGAAAUUGUAAAGAAAUGUCCCAGUGCAAGAAAUCAAAUGCUGUCUACGUUGCCACAACCAGGCAGGAAGCGGAGAGACGUUAAUAAGUUGUCAGUAACACUUCCCACACAGAGACUUAGGUUUGCAACAGGUCAGAGUUCAAAGGGUACAGCCAAUGGGUCAAAAGGCACAUCUCUCCAAAAUGUGAAAGUUAAUCUGAAGAAUACUGUUGCCUUUGAGAGUGUAAACAGAAAGACACCAAAUGGUGGAAGAGGUAUCAGAAAGUGGCAUGUUGAAGGCAACCUUCUGAAAAGCAGUACUCAGAGUUCCCUUACAGCAAGUCUUGGCAGGUCAGAAGGCAAAGGUUAUGACCUGAAAUCCAAAGUUCAAAGUUCAGAAGCAGCAGGUAACAGCAGACAACAGUCUAAUACUUCUAGAAGCUCAGCUACAUCUUCUAGGACUGAGACUGAAAGUAGUUCAACAUCACCAAAGCUGGCAACACAGAAAGGUUCAGAGGUCAGACAUGCAGCAGAAAGUGUGCCUACACAGUCAUCAAACAACUAUGGAUCACUGCGACCAAGGAGAGAAUGUACCGUGGCAAAAAAGGAGGACGCACCGAAGGCUGAAGCAAGCAAGACGUCAGAAAACAAAGAUGAUAGUUCAGCAAAGGAUGACAAUGUCAAGGAUGACAGUGGUGAGGUGGUGGCAGAAAUCAUGAUCCUUGAUGAGAAGACUGGCAGGCUGGUGCUGGGGAAGAAGAAGCCAGGACAACAGGGUCUUGCCUUAACCCAGUCGGAUGCUGCAGAACCGGACAAUGUAGGAGAGAAUAUAGACUUCUAUAUGAGGGAAGUGGUGACCGAGAUAAAGAAGACAUACAGGAAGUUGUUCUGUGUUCCGGAGGUGUUCCUGUUUGGUUCUCUGGUCCGUCUGAAUGUGCAGCAUGUCUACACACAGCUGCAGCUGGUAGACAGGGACACACAGACUCCAGUGGAAGACAUCGGCAGUAUCAUCACGCCCCAGGCCCAGACUGUCCGUGCAGGUACUGUCAUGCUGGUCACGCCUCGCCGUAUCCUUAUCGAGGGGGAGCAGGGGAUCGGCAAGUCAACCUUUUGUCAUAAGAUCUGCUACAACUGGGGCUGUACCCUGUUCAACGUGUAUGUCCAGUUCAGUCUGGUGUUCAAGGUGGACCUGAGCUCUGUCAGGGCUGACAUCAUCUCUACCAUCUAUCACCAGCUGCUAGAGACUGACACCAAGAUGAAGCGGUCAGACAUGAGAGCAUACAUUGAGAAACGUCAGCAUGAGACCCUCUUCAUCCUUGAUGGUCUGGACCAGAUGCCCACCCAUGCCCACCCUGAGUACCUGGCACUCAUGAAGAAGGAGAUCCUCCCCAGAGCCUGUGUGAUUGUGACAACACGUCCCGUGGAGCAGCUGCCGUGUGAGUUUGACUCCUACUACGUUAUGAAGGGCUUCACUGCCGAGAAGAGGAAGGAGUACGUACGCAGGCAUCUAGGAAGACUUUCCUUAAAGGUGAUUGAGGAAUUGCAUUCAGUAUGGCAGCUGGAUGAGAUAAUCCGGAACCCUCUGAAUGCCGUGUUGCUGUGCCGCCUGUACGAGAUCAACCAGGGCUUACCCGACACUUUCACCGCCAUGUUCACCAAACUGGUCAUGGGGGUGGUGGGAUGGAACUGUCACAGGAAGGGAAUAGAGAUGAAGGGAGAAGAGAUCCCCAGUGCUGUACACCAGAUCAUCGCUAGUCUGGGCCACAUCGCGUGGGAAGGGCUGCGCAAUGGACUCAUGUCAUUUGAUGUGUCUGAACUCAGGAGGUGCUACCCCAUCACCAAUGAGAUCCUGAAGUUUGGGUUUCUGAUGUUCGUGACGCCGGAGGAGCCGUGUGGACAGAGCCUACGCUGCACGUUUUCCCACCGUGUGUUCCAGGAGAUCUUCUCAGCAUGUUACAUCAGCACCAUGGCCAGACUCACCCCCGACUCUGAGCUGACAGCUGCGUACCUGCGACUCUGUACACAGGAGGGGUUUCAGCAGGUGUGCAUCUUUGUGUCAGGUUUGCUGAAGGAUAAGGCAGAGAUCCUGUUCCAGCAGCUAGCUGAGCAGAUCAGGUUCUGUUCCCAGUUGAACGUCCCUGUCGGCGGGGGUAACGUGAACCCCCUGGACGACACCCUCCACCUGGCGCUGCUCUGUCUGCACGAGACUGGCGAGGUGGACCGCUUCGCACCAAUGGUCGCCAUGCACUUUGCCAACCGCCUCUUCAUCUCCGAUUGGUCGUCUAAGAGCUGCCUACAGAGCAUUGUGUCCAUUUUGCAGUACCAGGACUCACAGCAGCCAGGUGUUGCUCAGGGAACAGCAGCUGAAGUAUCAGAGACAGCAGCAAAGACAACAGAAAACGAUACUUCAGACAGUACAGCAAACCAACCAGCCAAGGAGAGUACAGAAGCUCUGGAAACGAAAAUAGAUGAAGAGGAAAAAUCAGACAGCUCAGGUGCUAAGGUUGAGAAGAUGGACACAGAUGUAACAGGUACAAAGGCUGAGGGUAUAACACACACUGUGGAAGAGAACAAAGAGGCUCAUGAUGCAAAUUCACCAUCAAGGGAAGGUAAAAACCCUUUGAAGAGGAAGGCUUCUGUCAUGGAAGGUUCAGACGACUCCACAGAAAACACUGACCAAGGGACAGACACUCAGAGAAAUGGAACAGCUGAGUCUACUACCAAGGAGGGAGAUAAAGAAGAAAUAAAAGUUGAAGCAUCAAAAGACCAAAAGAAAAGCAAGAAAGAACUUGAAAGUGAAGGAAAUGAUUGCACUACUAAUGAGAAGGAUGUAGAGAAGAAACAUGGAGCAGAUGAAGAUGAAGAUGACAGAAACACAAAGGAUGUCGUAAAGAAGAAGGCUAAACACUCCCUGCAGGCUACUAGAACACUAAGAAGAGGGAGGUCUAGAACAUCCAUUACACUUUCAGAUGAGAUGGAAGAUAAAGAAGACAGUGAUAAAGAUGAAGAGGACAUGGAGGCUGGUAGGAGAACGUCUAAGAAAAAUGUGGAUUCAUUGAAAGGAAAGAAAGAAACAAAGGGUGCAGAGUUAUCUGAAGAAGAAGACCAACUAAAGGGAGGCAGAAACACCAGGAACAGGACAAGACAGGAGAGUAAGAAGGACUCAAAAGUUUCACGUAGGGGCAGAGAUAACAGUGAUGACGAUCAGUCCCCUGGGAGAGCAGAAAAGAUUCAAGAGUCUCCACGACGAUCAUCCAGAAUAAAAGAGAGCAAGCCUGAAGCACAUGUUGAUUCUGUUGGGACUAGAACAAGAUCAACUGGUGAUGUGAAGACAGCAUUAAAGUCUAAGUCAGCUGCAGAUGAUGAUGAUGAUAAAAAGGAGGGCUUUGUUGAUCCCAUUGGUAGUAGAACGCGUAGAAGAACUCGAUCAGAUGCACUACAGAGUAGCACAAGUCCCAAGACUGGCACACGCACAAGCCCUCGUGCCAAGGUGGCCAGGAGGGAUAAGAGCAGUGAGAGUGAACGGGAACAGGAAGAAUUUGUGGAUCCUAUCGGCCUCAGAACGAGGACACGUGCUCGAGGGGUUCACGUGCCAUCACCCAUCAAACAAAAACAGCCAUCAGCUGGAGAAAAGACCGAAGAAAAAACAAACGUUGAUGUGCAAGAGAAAAAAGAGAUGACCUCAGAGUCGGAAGAGGAAACACAAGAAAGUGGAGGGGAGUUCAUCGACCCGAUAGGGUUAAGGGUCAGAGGUCGCAGGGCAAAGAGCAUUGCCAGAGAACAGCUUCGGGUCAUUGCAGAUGAGAAGUUUGAAGUACGUGGCCAGGACAGCACCCGUGUGUCACCCAGGUCAAGAACAAGGGAGAUGUCAUCUCCAACAAAAAGUCCAGGUAGACUAAGGAAAAGCUCAGAAGGAGAAAGCAAUGAGGAAAAGUUAAGACCUGGGAGAAGACAAAGUCCUAAGGGAGAAGACAGACAUAAAGGACCAAAGAUCAAAUGGGGCAAGGGGGUACAAGGGAAGAGAAAAUCUCCUCCCAAACCCAAGAAAGAGGAGGAAGAAAAGGAGGAACUCAAGGCGGAAGUAACUGAAGAUGCGAUGGAGGAGGAUGUUGGCAAAACAAGUGAGGAGAAAAAAGAUGGUGAUGUCAAACCUCAGGAAGAUGUGGAACAGCAAGAAAAAGAGGAUACUGAUCCUGAAGAGGAGGAAGAGGAAGUUCUUAAAGAAGAGCCAGAGGAGGACAAGGCUGGUCUGCACUCUUUAGACAUCAGCAUCUUUGCGAGCAACUUACAAAUUGUCUUCAGGGCCCUCAAGAACAAUCGUAUCAUCAGGACUCUCACUUUCACAGACAAAUUCCUUCCAGCCACACGGAACAUCUGCCAUCUGGACUGGUUCGACUCCCUGGGAGAGCUGUUCCUACACAACACCAAUGUCCGCACCCUCAUCAUCGACUCCGCCAACUAUCGUGUCACCCGCGGGGCCUUCACAAACGUGGUGACUGCUGCCGUCACCAGCAAGAGUAUCCAGAACGUACAGCUCAAGUUUGAACUCAACCAAAAGGCUGAGAAGAGCUCGGGUUAUAUCCGCCUGGGCAUCCCGCUGGAGAAACUGACGGAGUCGCCAUCUCUCCACACCGUGUCGGUGGAGCUGGUCAGCAAGAUGGCGGCUCACGAGGAGGCAGCGAAUGACGUGACCCGCACCGUCGUCAAGCUGCUCAAGAAACCAUCUAACCUUAAGAAGGUUUCCUUCAAUGUCAGAGAGAAGGACAGCUACUUUUUACAAGUGUUACCCGUGCUGCGAGCCAUGCAGGUGAACAGCACCGUUGGUGACUUCUCCAUCAACAUGGGGCCCCAGCCCAGCACCAGGUACACACUCGCUGCCAUCAAGGAAGUACUCACCUUCAACUCUGGGCUGACCUCACUCAGGGUGAAGUUCCACAGCCCGGCCCCUGUGAACUCAGAUGACCUGACGGAGGUGUUAACUGCUGUGGAGAACAGUGACCUGCGAGCGUUCACACUGGACAUGGGCUGUGGCUGGUCCACUGACCCGCUGGACCCUCCUGUACUGGCACUGGCUGACCUACUGGCUAACAAUAGCACCCUCAGAAAACUGUACGUGAAGGUGGACUGUCCCUGGUCUCCCCAGGCCAUCUCUAAUGACACCAUCGCCCUACUGUGUGCUGCUCUAUAUGCUAACAGCACUGUCAAAGAGCUGCACAUCUCAGGGAUCUACACUGCCGAGGACAACGGGCCCAAAAUCAUCCAGGCCCUCCUCAAGCACAAAGGGUCAAAGUUCACUAUCGACAUGCCCUACUGGUGGAACGCGUACUGCAAAGUGGCUGCAGACUACUGUGAGGGGAUCGUGAUGGAGCAUUACUUUGACAAGGAUGAUGAUGAAGGAAGUGAGAAGAAGAAGAAAAAGAAGAAGAAGGAAGGUACAGAGAAGACACCUGCGACACCUAAAAAGGAAGGAAAGACAGCAGCAGAUAGCAAAGAAGCAAUGGAUGGAACCAGUGACACAGAAACAAAAACAGCAGCAGAGAGUGAAAUAAUAAGCAUAGAAUCUGAGAGUUCAGAAGAAAAUACUGACGAAGAAGACGUCCCAUUGUCAAAAACAGCAGCAAGUAGCACAGUGGCAAAAUUAAUGUUAGACAACUCAACAGCAAAUAAGCCAUCCGACGACGACAAGACAGACAUGGCCAAAUUGUGCCCAGAACUCAGCAAGUCGUUGACAAAGAAAACUAAAUCUCCAGAAAAGCCAACAGGAGAGGAAGAUAAAGAUUCAAGACAUGACACAAACAUCAAGGAAGGAUCCACAAAACAAAGGGAAGGAGAAAGCACAAAGAGGGAGGAUGGAAGCAAGACAUCCAGUGGCAGUGUAGAUGAGGAAGUCCCAUCUUGCAGUGGGCACAGCAAUGGUCAGGGUAAAGGGAAAUCACCAGCCAGCCCUAAGCCAUCAGUGUCCAGCUACCCCACCCCAGUCUCCACACGUAGGACCACUGCAGCUGCCCUCAUCCAGGCUGGAGAUGACCUCCCCGAAUUUCUCAACCAGUUUCCUGAGUACCAGAAUGCCAGGAUGAUCCGCAGUGGCCGGAUCAUGGUCAACACGGAGGUGGACUGUCUCGGAAGCACAGGAUACGGCUCUGGGUUUCUCAGUGAUACAUUCAAAUUAACAGAAGCUGGAAGGAAGAAGUUGGAACUGAUAAAGACUCGUGAAGCCAAGAACACAGUAGCAGUUCGAGAGACACUGUUUUGCAGUGGGAAGACCAACUGCCAACGAGAGUGUGGUGGUAUAGGAGACUGUGUUAGAGGCUGCAACAAGGAUUCGACUCGAGGCCACCGCUGUUCGUUCCGAGUGAAGCUGCACAUGUACAUGGACAUGCUGAACUUCUGGGAGGUGACAGUAGAGGGGGAACACCUGCCCUCCUCCACAGGGCAGCAGUGGAUCCCGUACAACAAGCACGCACACAUGUAUGUCAAAAAUGGGGUGUGGUCCACACUGGAUCAGUGAUAGCAGAAAUCUUGGUCAAAGUCCUGUUGUCCUGAAGUCAGCUGGAUGGAAAGGAGAAGACACAGGAUGAUUCCAUGCCAAGAGUGUGGCCACAGUGUGCUGCAGACACGUGUUAAAGGCUGGGCCCACCUAGCAACAAGUUGACCACACCUAGAUAUGUCAACCCGAUGGUCAGUAAUGUCUGAUACAUAGGAAACAUUACAAAGCAAGUCUAUAUCACCGUUUUUGUGAAUCCCUGUUGUACAGCUAUGCUGUAUACAUGUAGUGCAAUAGGCUGCAAUUCUGGUUGUGUAAUAUAGGGGAAGCACAAAGGGAUUUCUAUUAAUGAUUCCAGCAUAGGCACAUUCUUCAGCUGUUUCAGUCUGUAUGUUUACAUAUACAUGUACUUUGGAUGUUAUUUUGAUGAUAUGAAAUUAUUCAGUGUAUAGAAAUUGUCCCUUGUCAAUGCUCUUACUAUAGCUGAAUCACAAUUUCCUAUUGUACCAUAGCUAUUUCCUAUUGUACCGUACCAUGCAUGUAUUAAGAUGUCCUCAAGGUUGGCACAAUAUGUAGUGUUUAAUUUACUCCACUUCAGGUGCAAAUGUCUCCUUGUUUUAUUCAAGUUAACAUUGUUUACUGGAAGGUCCCACCUUUGCUUCAUGGUUUUCAUAGAAGCUCACUUUGUUCAUGAAUUCAGAAGAAAUUUUAAGAAAGAAAACACACAGUUACUAUCACAGGGGAAGUCUUUUUACAGAAUUUCCCAAAAGGAGUAACUUACAUGAUGUAGUAGCUUUCAUACAUUGAACUGUUCUAAAUGUUAUUUAUUGGGGAAAUGUAAAAUUGCUUUGAAAAAAAAGUGAAUUUUCACUGAACUGACUGACUGACAAUGUCAUUACAGCUUUAGAUCUGGGUAACAUUAUUUUUACCAAAAAGGACAGAUUGAGGCAAUAAUGUACAUAAACCUUUUUUUGUAAAUAUUGUACCUACCAGAUGUAUAUAGCAUUUACAAAUUAUACAAGUCAGCAAAGAAGGUACAGGAUUGUAGCUGUAUAAACCGUUUCUAGUGGUCAGAAAGUCUGGUAAUGUUGCAGAGACUGGAACAUUGAUACAACCUAAAUGGUAUUAUAUUCUCAAUUCGUUACUCUUGUAGUUGUCCCAAUCUUUUGGGAUGUUUUAAGUUGAUGUAAAUUGAUGAUUUGUAUCAUAGAUUUUCAUAAGUUCGAAUGCCAAUUGAACUGUGUAACAGUAGGUCACAUAUGAUUCAAAGAUUUGGAACCAGGAAAUUCAGAACCUGUUCGUUAUCAUUGUAGGCCUUUACAACAAUGAAUAUGUAAAAGUUAAUCCAUUUAUUUUAUUCUUUUGCAGUAGCUUUAUAAGAUAUAGCACUGUAGUCACUCCUUGUAAAGACGUAGUUGUACAUUAUAUAAUUUGUGAACAUGUUUACUAGGGAAGAGGUUGUAAAGAAUAUUCUGACACCAAACAAGUAUUUGGAUCAUCUGAUCUUGACUUUUCAUGUCACCUUCACAGGAAGUGUCUUUUUGGAUGACCAGGGGUAUUAUGGAAAAGGGAGUUUGUGCAUAACAAUAAACCUACAUUUUGAGAAGA